AUGCAUAUGAACUUUCUUCUGUUGGCCAGUACAGCAAUGACUGUGCUGGCCCAUGCCGGUCAUCAUGAACCCGAUUCCCACGCUACAAUUCAGCGUCGCUCGCACCUUGGUAGACGCUGCGCAGAUCACGUUGCCACUUUCAACAAGCGUCGUAUGGAUAAACGCUCGUUGGCCAAACGCUGGGAGGGAGACCAUAACACCACUUUCGAAAUCCAGACUGAAGCUCCGUACUAUGAGAACAUUCAGAAUAGCACGUGCGUUCUCACUCCAGAAGUGACUCGUGGUCCUUACGUCUGGCCUCGAUCCCAGACUUUGCGCCAAGAUAUGACCGAAGACCAGAUCGGAAUUCCACUGUGGCUCGACAUUGGUGUUUUGGAUAUGAACACUUGCGAGCCGCUUCCCAAUGCGUUGGUUGAUUUCUGGCACUGCAAUGCCACUGGAUCUUACUCUUCCUUCACCGGCUUGUCACCCAACACUCCCUUCGAGGAGCUUCUCUCCAGCAUGAACAUUUCCGACUUUGAAACCGGCGUCACGGAUUUACACACCGACGAUACCACCUGGUUGCGUGGAAUGUGGCCUACAGAUGCGCACGGUAUGAUGGAGAUGAAAACCAUCUUCCCUGGCUUCUAUAUCGAACGCGCUAUCCACAUUCACGCCCAGGUCCAUACCGAUUGGACCACCCGAGAGAACGGUACUAUUGUCGCCAGUAACACCGUCAGCACUGGUCAGCUUUACUUCGCGGAGGAGCUUGAGGAGAAGAUUAUGGCAUUGGAGCCUUAUUCCACCCACACCCAGAUUAAUCGCACCACCAAUGCUGAGGAUACCCUUAUCUCUGGCAGCUUUGAGGAUGGAUACAGCCCUAUUAUCUCUGUUGUCGCUGCUGACGGCAAGGAUGUCAAGAACGGUAUGAUCGGUUAUAUCACUAUCGGUGUUGAUACCUCUGCUAUUGAAAAAUUCAAGAAAUAG